GGCCACCCGCAGGUAGUGGUGUCGAGCGCCGAGCUCUGAGAACCGAGCUGGGUGAGGGGCCGCUGGCGACGGCGCAGUCUCGGUGGGCCGGAUGAGUUUGGCUGGGGGCCGAGCGCCCCGGAAGACCGCCGGGAACCGACUUUCUGGGCUUCUGGAGGCCGAGGAGGAAGAUGAGUUCUACCAGACGACUUAUGGGGGUUUCACAGAGGAAUCGGGAGAUGAUGAGUAUCAAGGGGACCAGUCCGACACAGAGGACGAGGUGGACUCUGACUUCGACAUCGACGAAGGGGAUGGACCAUCCAGUGAUGGAGAAGCAGAAGAGCCAAGAAGGAAGCGCCGGAUAGUCACCAAGGCCUAUAAGGAGCCUCUCAAGAGCUUGAGGCCUCGAAAGGUGAGCAACCCGGCUGGUAGCUCUCAGAAGACCCGAGAAGAGAAAGCACUGUUGCCACUGGAAUUACAGGAUGAUGGCUCUGACAGUCGGAAGUCCAUGCGUCAGUCUACGGCUGAGCAUACGCGACAGACAUUCCUUCGGGUACAGGAAAGGCAGGGCCAGUCACGGCGGCGAAAGGGGCCCCACUAUGAGCGGCCGCUGACCCAGGAGGAGCUGCUCAGGGAGGCCAAGAUCACAGAGGAGCUCAACCUACGCUCACUGGAGACGUAUGAGCGGCUUGAGGCUGACAAAAAGAAGCAGGUUCACAAGAAACGGAAGUGCUCUGGGCCCAUCAUCACCUAUCAUUCUGUGACAGUGCCACUUGUUGGGGAGCCUGGCCCCAAGGAAGAGAAUGUCGAUGUAGAAGGGUGUGUUUCUGUGUCUCUGUCUUUUGCCCUCAGACUUGAUCCUGCUCCCGCGGCUUCUGCACUGACUCCACAUGCGGGGACCGGAGCCGUCGUCCCCCCUGCCCGCUGCUCACGUACCUUCAUCACCUUUAGUGAUGAUGCGACAUUUGAGGAGUGGUUCCCCCCAGGGCGACCCCCAAAGGUCCCUGUUCGGGAAGUCUGCCCAGUGACCCAUCGUCCAGCCCUGUACCGGGACCCUGUUACAGACAUACCCUACGCUACUGCUCGCGCCUUCAAGAUCAUCCGUGAGGCCUACAAGAAGUACAUCACUGCCCACGGACUCCCGGCUGCCUCAGCCCUGGGCCCCGGCCCGCCGCCUCCCGAGCCCCUCGCUGGGCCUGGGCCCCGAGCCUUACGUCAGAAGAUCGUCAUCAAAUGAAGAGACGUCUAAUCCUUCGAAACCUCUUUCCGGGCCUGGCUUGGGUCUCUUGACACUCCCUCCCCUCUCCCCGCUUCUCCUCUGUCAUCUCUGAUCUUCCUUUACCCACCCCUCUUCUCUUCUGUAUUUCUUCCCCCUAGUUCCUGCGGGUUUUGUGGGUUUUAAUAUAAUAAAAUAGAUGGACCCCAUUUGUCUGGUGUCUGCUGUAGGGUUGGGAAUGAGAAGUGUUUGUGAAUGUCUGAGUAUAUGCUGAUCUUCCUUUGAUGGAAAGCAUUUCCUAUGAGCUGUCCUGUUUUAAUUGUAGAGUACUCCUCCAACUAGACUGUAAGUGCCUUAAAAUUAGACGCCAAAACAAAAUCCUCAUAUUUGCCUUUCUAGCCCUCAGAAAACUGCUUUGAAUAAAGCAGGCCCCAAAUAAGCAGUGACCCUUACUGUCGUAGAGCUCCAGUGUCCAGGAGUCGGGCUGCUGUGAA